AUGGCAAACAAAUUAAUUCUCGUCCCCGAAGAAAUUUAUAGGGGACUUACUUCAUCUAAUUUUGGUGAACCAAAUUUAGAUUUUAGCAAAAAAGAAGUUGAGAAAGCUAAAAGAAAAAAAGAACAUCAUUCGAAUAAAAAUAUACACUACAACCAGGAGCUAAGACGUUAUUUACAAUUGAGAAAUGAGAGUGCAAAUAGACCAGUCAAAGUUCAAAUGGUUGCUAACCCUAAAGGAGCUAUUAUGAAUACAUCAGUUACUCGUCCUGCCUCAAACAUUGUAGACGACGAAGAUGAUGAUUUAUGGAUGAGUGAUGAUUUUUCUUAUUCUGCGUACCCAAGAGAGCCUCCAGUUCAUGCUUAUAAUAUUGUCCCUUCACCAUCUAUUCCUUCUUCCUCACAUCCUCCCUCUUUACCCAUUAGUAGACGUAAUUCUCCAACACAACCAUCAACCUCUAAAGAAAAUAUUUUGCCCUCAAAACCUUCUAAAAGAAUAUCUCGUAUAUCUACAAAGAAAAUUAAAAAAGUAUCUAAUAAGAUUAAGAAAAAAAAGAGAACUAACGAGAAGUCUAAAGAGAAAACUGAAAAAAUACCUCCUGAGAUAAAUACUAUAAUUGAAGCUCAAAAUGCGCCAUUAAGCUCUUCGUCUUCACCUCCACCCAUUCGUAUGAACCCUGUAAAGAGAAAGACAGAAGAAGUUGAAGGUCUGAAGAGAAGAAAAGUUCUAGGUAUAGAUGAAGAUGAGAAUAAAGAUAAUGAACAAAAGGACCAAAUUUUAGAACAAAAAAUAUCUGCUAGAACCAAACAGAAAAAAGCAUAUUUAAAAAGAAAAGAAACACUUAAAAAUAAAAAAAGCCCAAUAGAUGAAUAUGCACUAUCACAAGCUCGCUUCAAAGAUAAAAUUGAUAGAAUUAAAAGAAAAAAGAUUGCAAAAGAUGGUAGAUCACCUUCUCCUCCCAUAUCUCGUCAAAAAAUAAAAAGAAAAUUACAAGUCCCGUCGGAACAAUUUCUAGAACAUUUAAAUGAAACAUCCUAUGCGAAAAGAUGGAUGCCUGUUCCACAAAAGGUAUCAGAAAGAGCGGGGAAAUUAUGGAUAAAAAAAUUAAAAAGUAAAAAUAUAAAAAUUCAAUCAUAUAAAGUAGCUAAAAAGAAAUGGGCAACAAGAAAACCAACUCAAGCAGAUAUAAAAGGAGUUAAAAAGAAGAAUUGGGCAACAAGAAAGCCAACUCAAACGGAAAUAAGUAAUUUUAAACCCUCACUUUGGUAA